AUGGAUAAGAGAAAACUAUCAGGGGAUGCCAUCUCUGGGUUGUCGAACAUUCCGGAGGUGAUUGAUCCCGGAGUGACGAUUCCCAUAUAUGAGGACGACUUUACGUUGAGCAGUGCUAAUGGGAUAGAACAGUUGCCGACGCAGCCGCAAAAGUUGGGAUCGUACCGUUCGAAGGCGGGGAAGUUUUCGAACACACUAUCGAACCUUUUGCCCAGUAUCAGUGCGAAGUUGCACCAUAACAAGAAGGGUUCGAAAGGCCCGUCUGCGGUUGGCGAGGGCAACACCUCUGGCGAAUUGAGCAUGGAGGAUGGCGCUACUACCACUACCAAUGGGAGUGAGCAGACGUCCAAGUCUGGGUCUAUGUCUCAGAUGAAUGUCGGCAUGACUGGCCAUAUCACGCCUCCUCUGGAGAUGGAUUACGACCAGGCAAUCCAUCUGCCGGAUACUAGCGGGUUAGUGGUUCCUGUCCAGUCUCGGAUAUCUGGAGACUCGUUCACAUUCAGCGCAGUAACUGCUGCCAGCAAUAACAAUAAUAAUAAUACCAAUAAUAACAACAUAUCCCUCCAACCGACUGCUUCUAAUACCAUCUCCAGGACCAGGAACAACACGGUAUCGUCGCAAAUCACAAGUUUGUCCAACGUCAAUAGUCUAAUCCCCAAUGUUGGGAACGUGUGGCUACCCAACGAUAUCAACGUGGCACCCGUGCCAACAGUGGGUAUUUCUCCUCCGGGAAGUGCCACUACGAACAUGAACAGCAUGAACAACAUGAAUAAUAACGGGUUCCAACCGGGAGCGUACAGCCCCUAUGAAACAACCGGAAGCUACUUCGACCUGAACUUGAGCAAUAAUAACCUGAACAAUAACCUAGGAGUUCCAGUUACCACACCAGGAGGUCCAAAUGGCCCCCUCCAAUUCCAGCAGCAACAGCAGCAACAGCAACAACAGCAACAACAACAACAACAAAUGGCGCACAUGUGGAACACCAGGCCAAGAUCACAGUCAAAUGCCUCUAGCAUCUACACAGACGCGCCAAUGUAUGACCAACUGGAUACCAGAUCAAGAGCAUCCACCUUCAUCAUUCCUCCAUCCAUGGAUCCGCAAUUAAAAGCUGCAGCCGCAUCCACUAAUCCUAUUGUUCAGGACGAUAUGGAUCCCAGAUCCAUUAACUGGGUCACAACCGAUCCCUCGGUGCCAUCUAUCAACCACAUUUCUAACUUGUUGCCAACAAACACUAUAUCCAUCUCAAACGUUUUCUCCUUGCAACAGCAACAGCCUCAUCUCUCUAACACUAUCAAUUUGACAAGCACUAGCUUGGCAACGUUGUGUUUGAAAUUCGGAACCGUUAUCUCUGCACGCACACUAAAGGGGGUCAAUAUGGCACUAGUAGAAUUUGCUUCAGUAGACUCUGCUAUAAAGGCAAAGGAGGCUCUUAACGGUAAAGAAGUUUCACUGGUAGGAGCCCCUAGUACUGUUUCUUUUGCAAAAGUUUUGCCAAUGCACCAACAGCUGCCUCAAAAUCCACCUCCACAGCAUAGCAACAAUAACCAUCACACAGGGCAGAUUAACCCACAGUCGCUGCUUCAAGAACAGCUGUACUCGGGCGCUGUUCAAUUACAGCAGCAAGGAAAUGUUUCAAUUCCAACAUUUAACAGUCAUAACCAUACCCAACCUAAUUCACAAUCGUUUGUUUCUCCAACAAACCCAUCAUCAUCAUCAGGUAAUUCGGAAAAGGAGCACUGCCCUUUCCCACUACCUCCUCCAUCUUUCAAAGAAAAUAUAUCUUUAUUGAAUGAAAUUAUAGACAAAUUUGGCGUUACUUACAACAAACCUCAGUAUCAACAUAUUAUUGUCAAUGCUAUUGAAUAUAAUGGUACAAGUGACACUACUGAUUUUGGUCCAUUGCCAGAACCUUUGGCUUCAAGAGAAUUUGAUGCACCUAGAUUACGUGAGUUGAGGAAAAGCAUCGAUUCAGGUCAGAUGUCGGAUCUUGAGAUUGAACAGUUAGUUCUUGCUAUGCUAGAUGAAUUACCUGAAUUGAGUUCCGAUUACUUAGGUAAUACUAUUGUGCAAAAACUCUUUGAACAUGCGUCAUCUGUGAUAAAAGAUAUUAUGUUGAGGAAAACUAGUGUUUAUUUAACCUCAAUGGGUGUUCAUAAAAAUGGUACUUGGGCUUGUCAAAAGAUGAUUACCAAUGCAGAGACUCCAAGACAAAAAAUGUAUGUGGCAAACGGUGUUUACAAGUACUGUACUCCAUUAUUCAACGAUCAAUUUGGUAACUAUGUUAUUCAAUGUGUCUUGAAAUUUGGUUUCCCAUGGAAUAACUUCAUUUUCGAGAACAUCGUGUCGAAUUUUUGGAAUAUUGUUCAGAAUAGAUAUGGUGCCCGUGCUGUUAGGGCAUGUUUAGAAGCUCAUGAUAUUAUUACUCAAGAACAACUGCUUUUGUUGAGUUCGAUGAUCGUUUUCUUCGUAAAGUAUCUUGCCACCAACAGCAACGGUGCAUUGUUAGUAACAUGGUUUUUGGAUACGUGCACUCUACCAAAGAGACACUCUAUUCUUGCAGAAGCCUUACUUCCAAACAUCUUCGAGUUGGGUUGCCACAAACUUGCAUCAUUGACUAUUUUGAAAAUAUUGAAUUACCGUGGUGACGAGAAUGCGAAAAGAAUGAUCCUAGAUACUAUAUUUGGGCCCAUGGACAACGAGAACUCGUCCAAGCCUCCUCAAUUGCUGUACCAAUUAUUAAAUGAUACCAACUACGGGCCUUCGUUCGUCUAUAAGGUUCUUUCGAUUCCAAUGUUGGAAGGAGAUAUCAGACACCAUGUGAUUGAGCAAGUUCGUUACAUUCUAACCACGGAAUCCAAUAUCACUCAGCACAGAAGGCUACUGGAGGAAGUUGGACUAAACGCGCCUAAUAACAGUAAUAGUAAUAAUCAACAGAGUGGAGGGGCUGGCAAGCCUAGAAUGAGUAUCUCUCAUGUUUUUGGUAAUGAAAAUCCACAGCAUAUGAGAACAGUCUCCGUCAACAGCGUCAGAUCCGCCUCUUCCAGACGGAGAGCCUCUUCCACUGCACAGGCACAAGCUCCAACACAGACUCAGCAACAGCAGCCUCAACAACCACAAAACCAGCCCCAACCGGCCCAGUCUGCUGCCAUUCCACCAUCCUCUCAGACUAUUCCCGGACAGCCAAGCUACUACACAUACCCUGGAAUGUUCCCAGGGACCCAACCAUACCAAUACUCAACAUCCACCAGCGGUCUGAAUGACGAUCUCGUCUCGAAUUUCGACUUGCUAAACUUGAACAACGGCACCCAGAUCUCUUUGCCACAGUUAACGAUGAACGGUCAACCUAUGCCUCAAAAUCAGAACAGACACCCCAAUGGACAAUAUGGAAACGGAAUGUUCGGCCACUAA